UUUUUUUUCUUUCAAUUUUUCAUUUAUAAAGUAAAAAUUAAGUCCUAAAAUUAUUGUUUUAUACAUCCAAAAAAAAUAAAAUAAAAAAAUUGUAAAAUGCUUUUUAAACAAUUGUGCGUUCAGUCUCAUAAACGUUAAUGGAGACGUGGGGAGUUGGUACGCAGUAGGUUGGCUACGCGCAGUCGCUGACUUCAACCGGCGGCUCUGCGGGUCAAACGCCUGAGUGGGCCCCGCCUUCCAAUUCACCUUCAACCCAACGUCGCUCUCUCCGGUCUGGGAAGAAACCGUGUUCCGGGAACUUUACUUCCCCAAAAUCACAACUCAUGGAAGUGACGAAUCAUGUGUUCCUUUUCCAGCAUUUAUAAUUAUUACUUGCGUUUUAGUCAAACCUUCUUUCCUCAUUUUGAAAAUGGCAUUGGCAUUUAUAUUCAAAUCGCUUUUGCGGUCCACUCUUCUGCCACUCCUCCUCCUCCUCGUACCUUAUUGCUUCGGAAUUCGGAGAUAAGCCUUGCCUCCUGCAUGUGUUGUUCUUGCUCCGAUUGCUCACAGACUGCGUCCUUUCGAUUCGCUUAUGGAGGAUUCUGAGAAGCCCAUUGAUAUCAGGGCGCUGGAGUCUCUCGGGCUAGGGUUUGACUUCACCAGUGAUUUCAGGUUGAAGUUCGCCAAGGGCUCUCCCGGGGAGCGCCUCGUGGUUUUGAACGAGGCCAGCAAAAGGGACAUUCUGAUUCCCGGAGGACUCACGGUUCGAGGAGUCCCGGAGGAUAUUCGCUGCGACAAAGGGGAUAGAAUCCGCUUCAAAUCCGAUGUUCUUGAAUUCAACCAGAUAUCAGAGUUACUUAAUCAGAAAUCUUCUGUACAAGGAAAAGUUCCUUCAGGCUAUUUUAAUGCUCUUUUUGAUUUGACUGGAGCCUGGUUGAAUGAUGCUGCAGAUACCAAAUAUCUUGCUUUUGAUGGUUACUUCAUCUCUCUCUACUAUUUGCACCUAACAGCAUCUCACUUAGUGCUCCAAGACAAAGUAAAGAAGUCAGUUCCUUCUCAUUGGAAUCCAGCAGCAUUAUCCAGGUUUAUUCAGACUUAUGGGACGCACAUCAUAGUAGGGAUGGCAAUUGGAGGUCAAGAUUUAGUUUGCAUUAAGCAGAAACCUUCCUCAACAAUUCCUACUUCUGAACUCAGACAACAUUUGGAGGAUCUUGGAGAUUAUCUGUUUUCAGAUGGAAGGAGUCCUUCCUUACUACAGAGAAAAUCUAGAGAUGGCAAACAGAAAGUUCCAGAGGUCUUUAAUCGUAUCUUGCAGUCAAAUACCAUUCAAUUGACCAGUGUUACUGAAACAUCAAGCAAGGAUGGCAUUACCAUCAUUUGGUCGAAAAGAGGAGGGGACAUCUUUUUGCAUAGUCACUCUAAGUGGCUGCAGACAGUUCCUGCUAGACCAGAAGCAAUCCUCUUCAAGUUUGUACCUAUCACUUCUCUACUCACUGGGAUUCCAGGCAGCGGCUAUCUUAGUCAUGCUAUUAACUUGUAUCUAAGAUACAAACCUAUUCCAGAAGAUUUACAGCAGUUUUUGGAGUUUCAAGUUCCUACACAAUGGGCACCUAUGUAUAAUGAGCUGCCCCUUGGGCAUCAAAGAAGAAAAGCUUCAUGCCCUUCACUACAAUUCAGUUUCUUGGGUCCGAAGAUUCACGUCAGCUCUACACAUGUUUCCAGCGAUCAAAAACCAGUGAUAGGGUUGCGUCUGUACUUGGAGGGGAAGAAUUGCAACCGGUUGGCGAUUCAUGUGCAGCAUCUCUCAAGCCUUCCCAAUGUUAUGGCAUUGUCACUGGCCAAUACCUCCAUACAUAGGCCAUGUCAGUGGCGAGGUUCUGAUGACUAUGGGUCAAGCGAUCAAUUUCUGGAGCCAAUCAAGUGGAAGAGUUUCUCUAAUGUGUGCACUUCUGUUGUUAAGCAUGAUCCCAACUGGUUGCAUGAAGGAAGAGGCGUGUAUGUUGUAACCGGUGCACAGUUCAUCAGCAAAGGAAAGUGGCCAAAGACAGUUCUUCAUCUCCGUCUCCUUUUUACCCACCUCCCACAUUACACCAUACGGAAGACAGAGUGGGCCACUGCACCAGAAGCUUCUCGCAAGUCCAGUUUCCUGAUGAAUCUGAGCACAACAUUGACAUUCACUCAGCGAUCCAUUGUGGAUCCACCAAAGCAGACUCCGGCUGCACUGAACUCUGGUGUAUACCCAGGUGGCCCUCCGGUGCCAAUCCGAUCUGCAAAGCUGCUUAAAUAUGUGGACACUGCUGAGGUGGUACGAGGCCCACAUGAUGCCCCAGGGCAUUGGUUGGUAACUGCUGCUAGGCUGGUGACUGAUGGUGGUAAGAUUGGUUUGCUCGUGAAGUUUGCACUAUUAGAUCAUCCACAGGAGUAAAGACUACAUUUUGUAAAUAUAGAAAAGGGUGGAGAGUUGAGGGGGGAAGGGUGAGGAGCCAUUUGGUUGUUUUGCUUCAUUUAUUUGAUUUAGUUAGUUAAUUGUUGUUUUCCAUUGAUUUUUUUGCAAGGGUGGAUUCUACAGAAUAACUAUCAUGGGUUUGUACAGAUGAAAUUUACUAGAUGAUGUCUGCCAUCUCCUUCAUUGCCCAUUA